AUGGCUACCACAUCAGCACAAGACCACCAAGCUGCAGAGGGCCUUGCAAGCUUGGGAAACAACUUUGGUGACAUGGAUCGGUAUCAAGGUGAUAUGACUCCUCAACAACAGCACUCUCCAGGUGCCGCGCCCAAGAACGUCGCCUUCGAGCUUCUCCUCGAUGACAACACUAAGCUCAGAGCCAGAAUUCCAAUGCGAGUCCAGAUUUUCCCUCAUGAUACAACUGACUCCAUUGUGACCACAGUCAAAAACUUUUAUGGUAUCUAUGAUGGUGUCGCUAGUGGCGUAAGUUUCGAAGAUGAGCACGGCACAACCCUCAUUGCGAGCUAUGCUGAUAGCUAUGAGCCACACUAUCACGGCAUGUCUCCAAUGGACGGUCGCAAGCGCCCGAGUCUUGGAGAACCCUUUCAAAUGACGCCUACUACAGGCCAAGGACAUCCUUAUGGCCCCUCUUCAUCACGUCCAUUGUCACGUACCCGAAGGCCGAGCGCUUCUCCUUCUGGUAGAGGUCGGCGCAGCGCCUCACAACACAAGGGCUCCUCAAGGAAUGGUAUCAAGAGUCGAGGUUCCAGUGCACACGGCAGUUUCGCCGAAGAUGCGUUCUCUGGAUAUAGCGACAGUGAGGGCGGCCACGGCUCUGUCAGUGGCUCUCGAAAGGCUCGAAGUGAACAAUUCGCAAGUUCUGAGAUCAGUAUGGACAAUAUUGUGCAAGAAAGCCGUCGCAAGAAGCCUAAGUUUGAGAGCUCGGAAUUGCCUCUUUUCGCACCACCACAAGUCCCAUUGGCUACUUCUACAUCCUCGAUUUCUCCGCAACGGCGAUCGACUGGAAAUGAUGGCGAGCCGUCCCCAUUCGCCCGGCCGACACACCGUCCCAUGAACAACCGACCUCCGUUGCCGUCUCCCCAAAGUUAUGGAUACAGUGAACACGGGUAUGGAAAUGGCUCAAUCAAAUCCACCUAUUACUCUAGUGCAAUGUUCCCGGAUAAUGGGAAUCGUUCGCGUCUCUCUGGCGGUUCAGCACCAGGUUCCGGAAGCAGGCAGACGGUGUCUGGAAUUUUACCAACCCCAGACCCGACUAUCGCCAGCUGCAUAUCAGACGAGGACGUCGCAAUGCAGUUGAUUCGCCUCGGAGACGCAUCAAACUUUUCUCAUGGUCGCAACUCUACAUCGACAUUGGAUGAUGCCUUCAGCGGUGCAGCUGACGUCUCCUCCUCAACGGGCGCAACCAGUGAUGGGGAAUUCAGUGAGAAUGAAGAUGACGAUGAGCUUCCAGCACGUUCGAGGCAACGUCUGGAAUCUAGUCCGCUACUUCCACCCGGCCAUAUCAAACAAAGCUACAAGGGGUUGGAUGAUAUACUUCCAAGCUAUGACAGCACCGAAGCCAGCGCUGAUGAAGGUGAAGAAUACCACCAAACUAGCGACCCGGUCAUCGACGAGUACCAUGGUGAUGACUAUGAUGAUGUCGAUGCGCCUCGUGCAAAGAAGCAAAAGGUCAGGUCAGACAGCGCUUCAUUAAGCAAGAACCGCACUGUCAAAACUGCUUCUGCGAAGUCUGCAAAGAAUGGAAAAGCCCGAGCAGUCCCUGUCGUUCGCAAGUCCAAAUCAACUCUUCCCUCAGCUAAUGGAGUAAAGAUUGAGACACCGACACAAAUCCUUAGUCCUGCACCCUCACGAAAGACGUCUGGGUCCGGUGUCAACUUCCAGCAUCAACUUGCUGCAGAUGAGGAGGAUCUAUCUACAAAGCCUCGCUGCCAGCGAUGCCGCAAGAGCAAGAAGGGGUGCGACCGUCAACGACCAUGUGGCAGAUGUAAGGAUGCAGGAAUCGGUUUGGAGGGUUGCAUCAGCGAGGAUGAAGGAAACGGGCGGAAAGGUCGUUAUGGCCGACAUAUGGGUGUUCCCAUCAAAAAAACUGGAGAGCCCGGAGCACCAGUUGAUGUGAUCGGGUUGUUAACACCAGCAACUCCUGCGGAGUCUAUCGUGGCAGGUGGCUCGGGCGACAAGAACAAAAAACGCAAGCGGUGA